AGAAAUGUAAACAGCAGUGGCGGUAUAGUGAGGUUGGGAUGGAGCCACAGGUGUCUGGGAGAGACGGCAAGGACAAACCCGGAGAUGGGGCACACAGCUGUCUGAACUCCGGCAUGUUUCUUAGCGGAUUUGACGGGCAGUCGAGGCUGCUGCUUCGGUCACUGAUGUCCGGAACCUCCGGGGCCUCGAGAGCGCUGGGCGUCUUCCGCAGGCAGCAACGGGCUAACCCCGAGAGCUCACUGUGUGGCUUCAUAGAAACACUGUGCAGAGACGAAAUAACCCACACAGAGGCUGACACUGAGUUUCUAACCGUUAAACCACUAGUCUGCCUGUUUCCACCUUUAUUUAAACAAAACCUGCUGUCCUUCAUCCACCUGGUGCACUCUGUUCUUCCUCGGACCGCUGUACUCCAUCUGAUCAAAUGUCUCAGCCAGGACUCUCGUCCAAACCCGUGGGUGACUGCUCUGUGCAGACAACUCGAAAGAGACCUGGAAACCCACCGUGAGGUGCCUCUGUACACCACACCGUGCAGCCAAAGACUAAAGGAGCUCUCCCAGGGUUUGAUCGGAUCUGCUGAAACUGGAGGAUGGACCAAGUGCUUCAGUGGUCAAACGGCAGAAUUUGAAUCCCAGAGUACAUCUGAUUUAUCUGAGCUGGGGACACAGAGGAAGAGAAAGGGCAGUUUUGUCAGCGUGGGGUCUGAUGGUGAAGAAACGGGAUCACAGAGUAAACGGAUAAAGAUGGAUGAUAAUGAGUGUGUCACAGCUGAAGAACUGAGAGUUAACAAGGAAAUGCCGGGAGCGCCAGAAAGUGAUGCUGCAGCAGAAACUCCAGCCUCAGACAGUUCGUGUGAUGGCCUGCCUGAACAGAUAAAGGUCUGUAUUCCUCAGAUAAAAGAGUUGUUGGAGAGUCAGACGGAGUGGGACCAGAGCUCCACAGAUGUGUUCAAAGUGCUGAACAACUGUGACUCAAACCAAGUGGAGGUGUUAUGCAGCAUGCUGAAUUUGCCGGGCUUACCUGACCAGGCGCUGCCUAAACUGUGCAGCAGUGUUUUGGCGCUCUCUCCUGACCUCAGCUACAGCACUGCUGCAACGCUCAUCAAGAGCCUUCUGCUGGAGAAGGUGCUGUCGCUGUCAGAGCCGGCCUCCAGGUGUCUGGUUACCGCAGUGACAUCACUGUGUAGCCGCUAUCCCAGACCAGUGUGCCAGGCUCUAAUCGGACCAGUACUAGAGAAAGAGAACAUAGGGCCUCCACAGGCUGAGCUGCUAAGCAGACUGAUAGAAAGCUGCCUGGAUUCUCACUACAGACUGCUGGUGGUUCAUAAGGUCUCCAGGGAUACUUUAUAUGAAGCCGUGAAGGAGGUCCUGCAGGGCUCCGUGGCCAAGCCGAGGAAGUUUGUGGAAUCGGUGGAGCUUCAGAUCAGCCUGAAAAACUAUGAUCCCCAGAAGGACAAGCGUUUCUCCGGCACUGUCAGGUUCGACCUUUUACUGUCUCACCCACCCUUUUCCCUGUGCGUCUCCAGCCCUGUCUGA